AUGGUCGUCAUUGUUGCUUUAUUUUUAUUUUAUUUGCCUGUCUUGCUUUACUGUUUUUCAUUUUUACCCUCCCCUCUCUUCUUCUUUCUCUCUCCUUCUACAUUUUUUUUUUUUUUGGAUUCUCAUAAGUCACUCCUAAUUAAUAUUCACUGUCUGUUUUCUCCAGAUACUUUUUCUUUCUUCCUUCCUUUUCCUACAACUCUCAUCUGUUUUUUUGGGUUUUUUUUAAUUUUCUACAUUUUUUUCUUUUCUUUCAUUUUCGUUUUUUUCGCCUACAUAUCUAUAUUUUCUUGGCCUACAAUUUCAUGUUCUUUAUUUAUUUCAUUCUUUCUUUCUUUUCUCCUUCCUUCCUUCCUUUUCCUACAAUUCUCAUUAUGCUUGUUUAUUUUUUAUUCAUAUAAUUUUCUACAUCUUUCUUUCCAUACAAUUUCAUUUUCUUUUAUUAAUUCUUUAUAUCUGUCAAUUUGUUUCUCUUUCUCGUUUACCCUUUUACAAUCUUCUUUCCUUCUUCUUUCUCAGUCUUUCCUAACACUUCUGAGUCUUUCUCUUCAUCCUCCAUUUUACUUUUAUCUCUUCUUCGUACCUUCUCCUUUCCCCUCAUCCUCUUACUCCCCUUAUCUUUUUAAAGAAAAAAAACUACUGCAGGCUAAAGAAAAUUAUCCUUCCUUCUUUCUCUCUUCUUCCUUCCUUCCUUCUCUCUUCAUCCUUCCUUCUGUCUCCCUUCAUCCUUCCUUCUGUCUCCCUUCAUCCUUCUUUCCUUCUCUCUUCUUGCUUCCUUCUGUCUCCCUUCAUCCUUCUUUCCUUCUCUCUUUCCCUUUCUUCUGUCUCUCCCCUUCCUUCUGUCUCCCUUCAUCCUUCCUUCCUUCUCUCUUCUUCCUUCCUUCUGUCUCCCUUCAUCCUUCUUUCCUUCUCUCUUCUUCCUUCCUUCUGUCUCCCUUCAUCCUUCCUUCUGUCUCCCUUCAUCCUUCUUUCCUUCUCCUUCAUCCUUCCUUCUGUCUCCCUUCAUUCUUCUUUCCUUCUCUCUUCUUCCUUCCUUCUGUCUCCCUUCUUCCUUCCUUCUGUCUCCCCUUCAUCCUUUAG